AUGGGAAAGAAGAGAAGAGCAGCUAUUUUACCAACCAACAUUAUUCUCUUACAGAAUGUGGUUAAAAGAGAUCCCAUGUCAUACCAUGACGAGUUUAGUCAACAAUAUCUUCAUUAUCAAUCAUUAAGAGAUAUUUAUUUAACUAAUCCUCAAGGAGAAUCUCAAGAAUUUGCUGAUUUAAUUGGUUUUGUUUCAGCAGUCUGUAACUGUUAUCCUAAAGAAACCGCCAAUUUUCCUGAUGAUUUGAAGAAUUUGUUGGGUAAUAGAGAUUUACAUCCAGAUUUAAGAGAAAAAAUCAUCCAAUGUUUAGUUAUGUUAAGAAAUAAAGAUGUUAUAUCAGCUGAAUAUUUGAUUAAAACCAUUUUCCCCUUAUUAACAUCAAAAACUGCUACUGCCCAACAAGGUAAGAACUUAAGAAGACAAAUUUAUAAUACAUUGAUUUCAUUAUUGAAAGCUAUUAAUCAAAAUGUCAAGAAUCAAAAGAUUAAUAAAUCAACUCAAGCAUUAUUAUUCAAUUUAUUAGAACAAAGAGAUAAUCAAGGGUUAUGGGCUACCAAAUUAACUAGAGAAUUAUGGAGAAGAGGGAUUUGGGAUGAUUCAAGAACAGUUGAAAUCAUGACUCAAGCAUCCAUUCAUCCUGAUGUUAAAGUUUCAGUUGCUGGAGCUAAAUUCUUUUUGGGUGCCGAUAAAGAACGUGAAGAGAAUUUCGAAAGUGAUAGUGAAGAUGAAGUUGAUAUGACCAGUUUAAGACAUAAAAUGCAAGUUAACAAGAAAAGUGGUAAAAGAGGUAAAAAAUUAGAAGCAGCAGUUAAAGCCGUUAAAAAGAAGAAUAAUAAAACCACUCAAUAUUAUUUAAAUUUCUCUGCCAUUCAUUUGUUAAGAGAUCCUCAAGGUUUUGCUGAACAAUUAUUUAAUGGUCAUUUAAGUGGUAAGAAUAGUAACAAGUUUAAUUUGGAACAAAAGAUUUUAUUCAUGAAUUUAAUUUCCAGAUUAAUUGGAUCCCAUAAAUUAACAGUAUUGGGGAUUUAUUCAUUCUUCUUGAAAUAUUUGACUCCUAAACAAAGAGAUGUUACACAAAUCAUGGCUGCUUGUGCUCAAGCAUCUCAUGAUCUUGUACCUCCAGAAUCUAUUAAUGUAGUAGUUAGAAAAAUUGCUGAUGAAUUCGUUAGUGAUGGGGUUUCAGCUGAAGUUGCUAGUGCUGGAUUAAACACUAUUAGAGAAAUCUUAUCAAGAGCUCCAUUAGCUAUUGAUGCUACAUUAUUACAAGAUUUAACUGAAUAUAAAGGAUCCAAAUCAAAAGCUGUUAUGAUGGCAGCUAGAUCAUUAAUUGGAUUAUAUAGAGAAGUUGCUCCUGAAAUGUUACAUAGAAAGGAUAGAGGUAAAGUUGCAUCUAUUGAAAUGGGUAAUGAUAAAGGAAAAGUUGAAUAUGGGGUUGAAAAAUCUACUACUUCAAUUCCUGGUAUUGAAUUAUUAGCUAAAUGGAGACAAGAACAAGGUUUAGGUGAUAAUGAUGAAGAAGGUGAUUGGGAAGUUGCUGAAAAUGACAGUGAAAGUGAAAGUGAAGAUGAUAAUGAAAAUGAUUGGGUCAAUAUUGAAUCUGAUAAAGAAUAUAAUAUUAGUGAUUCUGAUGAUGAUGAACCUAAGAAAGGUUCAGAUGUUGAACAGGAUAAUUCUGAUGAUUCAGAAUUAGAUUUAUCAGAUGAUGAAAAUGAAGAAAGACCAGCUAAGAAACAAAAAAUUAUUGAAAAGACUGCUGAACAAACCAUGCAAGAAAUCUUAUCCAGUAAGAUUUUAACCCCAGCAGAUUUUGCUAAAUUAGAUGAAUUGAAAUUACAAGCCGGGGUUGAAAAACAAAUGGGAAUUAAAACCGAUGAUACGGUUGAUUUUGAAACAUUAGUUGGACCUGUUAAGUAUAAACAAUUACGUGAAGAAAGAAUUGCUCAUGCUAGAGAAGGUAGAGAAGGUAGAGAAAAAUUCGGGUCUAGAAAAGGUAAAAGAGAUGGUAAUCAUAGUACUACUAAUAAAGAGAAAGCCCGUAAGAAGAAUUUUGUUAUGAUGAUUCAUAAACGUUCAGUUCAAGGUAAACAAAAAUUAUCAUUAAGAGAUAGGCAAAAAGUUUUAAGAGCACAUAUAACUAAACAGAAAAGGGGAGGUAAAUAA